AAUAUUACAUGGACUCGAGAUGGAAGUCGCUUCGUGCUCGCGCUCCAGGAUGGAUCGUACGCCUCCUGCGACCCUUCCAAUGCCUCGACGUGCGAACGACCACCGCAAGUUUUUGGGCCAUUCCCUUGUGUACCAACAAAGAAAGCCUUCUUUGCUGAAACAUCCAGUUCGGAUGAGCGAAUAGUACUGUUUUCUGGAGGUAUGCCUCAUGCUUCGUAUGGUGAUAGAUUUGUGGUUACUGCUCGGCAAGACGACGGUUACCACACAUGUGCUCUUGUGCUCACCGAGAACGAACUUGUGUGUAUUGACUUGACUGAUCGGUACUGGAGAGUAAUACCUACUGAACAAAUCUUCCCUCUGCAUGCUAGUCAG